UACGAUUGGAAUUCAUUGCUGUGGCUGUGCUGGUUAGCUAGUUGGGUGUUUCUUGGAUUUCUGUUUCUUUCGAUUGUUGUAAUUUCUUAUCAUCAAUUACUGCUCUUACUUUUCGUAUUGUUGUUCCUGUACGUUUGUUGAAGUUCGGUGUUCAUGAUAAGAAAACCCUGGAUCCAAUAGUUGGGACUAUGAUAACUGGUUAACGACUGUCUUAGCUCGCCUAAAAUUAGCCAACAAAACAAAUACAAUAAGGUUGAACAAAAUUCAAUACAACAGCCGAUCAUAAAAUGGCUGAAAAUGGAGCAGAAUUAUCCUUGGAUGACUACAUAAAAGUGAAAAAGAAGCAAGGGAGUUUUAAAAUCGGGCGUGGGCGUGGGGGUAAGGUCGUGACACAAAAACGAAAUCGAAAAGAAGGUCGUGCUGCUGUAAAGAAUAAUCGACCAGUACGAACUGGAAUUAAAGUUUACAAGAAUCGCCAAAGUGGCUUUGGUGGUGGAAGAGGAAGUCGAAGCAGAUAUUUUAACAAUGUCAUUGCAGGAGCUGGCAAUAUCAUAGUUGGAAAUCAGGGAAGAGUCCCACGUGCCGGUGGAGGGAGAAGAGGAAGAGGUGGAUAUCGCAAUAGAAUCACUGGAGGUCGCCAAAUUAUAAAUCAAAUUCAGCCGUUGAUCGGAAGUCGCUACAGAAAUCGGAACAUUCGAGGAAGUUCGCAGAGUCAGUUUUUGGUCAGACAAGCUCAGCAGCGUUUACGAUUGAAUGUAGCUGGUGUACAACAAAGACAACGUCGUAAUAAUAAUGACAUGAGAUCCAUUGGUAGAUUAAACAAGCGUUCUAAUCGGAGGGCUGUUCAGAAAUUAGCUCGGAAACGUGUUCAACGUGCUCGUUUACAACUUGCUAAACGAAAAGUUGUAUUCCGUCCUGAAACUAGACGACCAGGACUUGAGUCCUUAAUGCCCUUACUCUCAGUCACAUCAGGAAUUAGAAGAACUCGUACUGGUUUCGUUACCGUUAGUAAUCCGGUAGACAAACAGAUUCAUCGUUUAGUCGUACAAGAGAAAAUCCAGAAGGCACAACAGAUUAGAAACAACCGGUCCUUUAAUAACAACCCUUCUUCAAACAACUCAUGGCACACAGUACUUACUACUAUUAGUCCUCCUCGCCAACAGAGACCACAACAACAAUAUCAACAACCUCGUCAGAACAAUAUCAUGCCUUUGAUGAUGAGCAACUUUAACUAUGAGCCUCAAAGACUACAACAGAAUAGGCAUCAUCCUGGGGACGUUCGCCUCCGCAAUGAUACGCAGUCCAGGGCAUCUCUUAAUCACAACCAACGUUCCAUUCCUGCAAUGGGAAUGAGUAUGUAUGCAGACCAAGAGGAGACGCAACGAAUGCGAUUGCAACAUCCACGAUCACAACAACAACAGCAGCAGCAACAGUGGGUGGUUCCACCUCCAUCUCCCCCAUUUGCGUUUAGGCGAACCGCUGUCAACAAUAUGUAUGACCCAACAAAUCCUGCCAUUGAUUAUUACAAUAUGUCUCACCACCAGUCGCAGCAAUCGCACGCCUUGAAUCCGGAUAUCCAAAGAAAAAUCAACUUCAUACAAAAUCAUGGGAAUAAUAGAUCUGGCUCUGUUGAACAGCGUGGUGGUAGUGGACUUCGAGAAAUAAUUCCCGAUUUCAGAGCUCCCGUGUCCUCUUCAACAAUGAAACUGGGGGAUAGGUUUAAAAUGUACAUGCAGUAAAGUAUUGUAUAUAUACAUAACCAUUAGUGAGACACAUCCUCCUCUGUUCUAGUGUAAUUAUUAUUUAUAAUUUCUUUCGUAAAAAUUAUUAUACAACAUAAUAUAUUCUACUGCUGGACAAAAUUUAACAAAAAAUACACACCCGCCGUACGUAUAUGUAACUAUUUUUACGUCUCUCAAUUUACUACCAAAAUAAAUAUGAAAUGGGUGGUACUGGUACACUUACAUAAUUUAAGACUUGGACAGAUGAAAUUUGUGCAGCACCUCGAGAUUGAUAAAAUACUUGAUAUUAUAGAAAACGUGAAAAAGGUUUGUAAUUUGUUUGUGUGUGGUUGAUUUAUUACUUUUAAAUAAACUAUUAAUCACCAUCAAAAACAUGUAGUCUGAAAUAACUGUAGCAGUGUUUUUGUUCGUUUGUUUUGCUACCAGAAAUAAAUGAAAUAUUUUUUUAUGA